AUGGCGGCGGCGGCGGUUGCGGCGGCGGCGGGUGUCAGGCUCCGAGACUGCUGCAGCCACGGCGCUGUGCUCCUACUCUUCUUUUCCUUGUCUCCUCGGCCCCCGGCCGCCGCCGCCUGGUUGCUGGGCCUGCGGCCGGAGGACACCGCUGGAGGCCGCGUGUCCCUUGAGGGGGGCACCCUGCGCGCGGCCGAAGGCACCAGCUUCCUCCUGCGCGUCUAUUUCCAGCCGGGGCCAGCGGCGCCCGCCACGCCGGUGCCAGCUCCCACCCUCUCCCCAGGAGAGAACGGCACCGGCGACUGGGCUCCGCGGCUAGUGUUUAUCGAGGAGCCCCCAGGCGGGAGCGGUGUGGCGCCCAGCGCUGUCCCCACGCGCCCCCCGGGACCGCAGCGCUGCCGCGAGCAGAGCGACUGGGCGUCGGACGUGGAGGUCCUGGGGCCUCUGCGCCCCGGGGGUGUGGCUGGCUCGGCCCUGGUCCAGGUGCGGGUGCGGGAGCUGCGCAAGGGCGAGGCGGAGCGCGGGGGCGCGGACGGUGGCGGGAAGCUCUUCUCGCUGUGCGCCUGGGACGGGCGCGCGUGGCACCACCACGGUGCCGCCGGUGGCUUCCUGCUGCGCGUCCGCCCGCGGCUGUACGGCCCGGGAGGGGACGUGCUGCCGCCCGCGUGGCUGCGAGCGCUCGGGGCGCUCCUGCUGCUCGCCCUGUCUGCCCUGUUCAGCGGCCUGCGCCUGAGCCUGCUGUCGCUGGACCCUGUGGAAUUACGGGUGCUGCGGAACAGCGGCUCGGCCGCCGAGCAGGAGCAGGCACGCCGCGUGCAGGCCGUGCGCGGCAGGGGGACCCAUCUGCUCUGCACUCUGCUCCUGGGCCAAGCCGGAGCCAACGCGGCCCUGGCCGGCUGGCUGUACGCCUCGCUGCUGCCUGGCGUCGGGGGCACCGGGGAAGACUACGGUGAGGCGGGGAUUCACUUCCCGUGGCUGCCAGCGCUCGUGUGCACCGGCGCCGUGUUCCUGGGGGCCGAGAUCUGCCCCUACUCGGUGUGUUCGCGGCACGGACUGGCCAUCGCCUCACACAGCGUGUGCCUGACCCGGCUCCUGAUGGCGGCCGCCUUUCCCGUGUGCUACCCGCUGGGCCGCCUGCUGGACUGGGCGCUGCGCCAGGAGAUCAGCACCUUCUAUACUCGGGAGAAGCUUCUGGAGACGCUGCGGGCUGCAGACCCCUACAACGACCUGGUGAAAGAGGAGCUCAACAUUAUACAGGGUGCCCUGGAGCUGCGCACCAAGGUGGUGGAGGAGGUGCUGACCCCCCUCGGAGACUGCUUCAUGCUGCGUUCGGACGCGGUGCUCGACUUCGCCACUGUCUCCGAGAUCCUGCGCAGCGGCUACACUCGCAUCCCGGUGUACGAGGGCGACCAGCGGCACAACAUUGUGGACAUUCUAUUUGUCAAAGACUUGGCCUUCGUGGACCCCGACGACUGCACCCCGCUCCUCACCGUCACCCGCUUCUACAACCGGCCCCUGCACUGCGUCUUCAAUGAUACCCGGCUGGACACCGUGCUGGAGGAGUUUAAGAAGGGAAAAUCUCACCUGGCCAUCGUCCAGCGGGUGAAUAAUGAGGGAGAAGGGGACCCCUUCUAUGAGGUGAUGGGCAUUGUCACGCUGGAAGACAUCAUAGAGGAGAUCAUCAAAUCGGAGAUCCUGGAUGAAACUGACCUCUACACCGACAAUCGGAAAAAGCAGAGAGUCCCGCACCGGGAGAGGAAGCGGCAUGACUUCUCCUUGUUCAAGCUUUCCGACUCGGAGAUGAGGGUGAAGGUCUCGCCACAGCUUCUGCUGGCCACACAUCGCUUCAUGGCCACAGAAGUGGAACCCUUUAAGUCUCUAUACCUUUCGGAGAAGAUCCUGCUCCGGCUCCUGAAACAUCCCAACGUGAUCCAGGAGCUGAAGUUCGAUGAGAAGGACAAGAAGGCCCCAGAACACUACCUCUAUCAGCGCAACCGCCCUGUGGACUACUUUGUGCUGCUUCUACAGGGUCAAGUGGAGGUGGAGGUUGGUAAGGAAGGUCUUCGCUUUGAGAAUGGAGCUUUCACCUACUAUGGUGUCCCAGCCAUCAUGACCACUGCUUGCUCAGAUAAUGACGUGCGGAAGGUUGGAAGUCUGGCUGGAUCCUCCGUCUUUCUGCCUGUCUCUGUGUCUCGUAACUUCGCCUUCAGCAGAGGGGACUCUCUGGCAGGCUCCCCAGUAAACCGGUCCCCUUCUCGCUGCAGCGGGUUGAAUCGCUCAGAGUCUCCGAACCGUGAGCGCAGCGACUUUGGGGGGAGCAACACGCAGCUGUGCAGCAGCAGCAACAACCUCUACACGCCUGACUACUCGGUCCACAUCCUCAGUGACGUGCAGUUCGUGAAGAUCACACGGCAGCAGUACCAGAAUGCACUCACUGCCUGCCACAUGGACAGCUCGCCCCAGUCCCCUGACAUGGAGACCUUCACUGACGGAGACUCCACCAAGGCCCCAACAACUCGGGGCACACCCCAGACACCCAAGGAUGACCCUGCCAUCACACUCCUGAAUAACAGAAACAGCCUGCCGUGCAGCCGCUCAGAUGGGCUGAGAAGCCCGGGUGAGAUAGUAUACCUGAGGAUGGAGGAGGAGAUAGCCUUCACCCAGGGAGAAAUGACCGACCUUGAGGAGCCCAGUACACAGCAGCUCUCACUGUCUCCUGCAGCUGUUCCCACAAGAGCAGCAUCAGAUAGUGAAUGUUGUAACAUCAACCUGGAUAUGGAAACCAGCCCUUGCAGUAGCGACUUUGAGGAAACCAUGGGAAAGAAGCUGCUGAGGACCUUGAGUGGUCGAAAAAGGAAGCGGUCGACAGAUGGAGAGAGAACCUCUGAGGAAAACUCCAACUUAACGCCUCUGAUCACAUGA